AUGUCUCAACAGUUUCAUUACCAGAACGAUACAAGAGUCAUUUCGAGCUCGCUGUUGGAUAAUCCUUCAGCAGAAUUCUGUGCAAGAUUCAGGAAAUUUCAGAGGAGAGAUACUCAGUGCCAGGCAUUUGUGAAGAGAGUCAUAAUGAGUCGUCUCUUUAAGAUAAUUAUGAUUAGCACCGUCUCCCUGAAUGCCUUUUUUGUGGUCUUGUGGACUGAUUAUAAUACAAAAUACAACUUGUUCAGACUUUUUGAGGUCUCCGAGCUGAUCUUUGUGUCCAUCUAUAGCUCCGAGUUCUGCAUGAAGCUCUACGUGGACCCCAUCAACUACUGGAAGGACGGCUACAACCUGCUGGAUGUCAUCAUUAUCGUCACUAUCUUCAUCCCCUACGGUCUGCACAGAUUCAAGGGCAAGCACUACCCCUACCUCAACAUUGCUGAUGGCAUGCAGUCCCUGCGCAUCCUCAAGCUCAUCACCUACAGCCGUGGCAUCCGGACCCUCAUCACUGCCGUGGGGCAGACAGCCUAUAUCGUGGCCUCCGUGCUCAUCCUGCUCUUCGUCCUCAUGUUCAUCUUCGCUAUCUUGGGCUUCUGCCUAUUUGGAACUCCAGACAGGGGUGACCCGAAUAACUGGGGGAACCUGGCUGUGGCCUUCUUCACUCUCUUCAGCUUGGCCACGGUCGAUGGCUGGACAGAUCUGCAGGAGCAGUUGGACAAUCGCAACUUGGCUCUCAGCCGGACAUUCACCAUCAUCUUCAUCUUGCUUGCCACCUUCAUCUUCCUCAGUAUGUUCGUGGGUGUGAUGAUCAUUCACACUGAGGCCUCCUUUAAGAAGUUCAAGCUGGACCUGAUGGCCGAGAGGCACAUGGCGCUCAUGGGAGAGAAGCAGGUGAUUCUGAGGCGGCAGCAGGAAGAGGUCAGCAGGCUGAUGCAGAUGCAGAAAAAUGCUGACUACAAAAGUUUCAGUGAGCUUGUGGAGAACUUCAAGAGGACCCUGCAGCACACUGACCCCAUGGUCCUGGAUGAUUUCGGCACCAGCCUGCCCUUCAUCGAUGUCUAUUUGUCCACUCUGGACAACCAGGACGCCACGAUCUACAAGCUUCAGGAGCUGUACUACGAGAUCGCGCAUGUGUUGAGCCUGAUGCUUGAAGACUUGCCGCAGAAGAAACAGUCCCAGACCUCCGAAAAUGCUGAUGAGACAUAGGGGGCGUGGGCACCCAGACACCAAGGGGUCUUGCAGGCUGUGACAGGCCCUCGUUCAACACAGGCUUUUUGAAUUGCCCUCUCUGCAGUUGCUUAAGCUCAUGGUACUGCCCUGCCUCAGGGGGUUGGGCCCGGGUAGGCGCCCAUAAAGUCUGAUUGCCUGGUCUGCUCCCCCUCAGCCUGUGGGGUGGGGAGAAGAUGCUCAGGACUU